GCAUUGUUUGAUUGAAUCAAUCAUGUGUAAGUGGAAAAUUUCUUGGCUGAACUCAUUCUACAAUGGACUAAGCAAGUCCAAAAAUCACUAUCAUCAAUUCAUCACCAUCACCUUCAGCCCACCUCUCUACAUUAUCCUAUUGGGUCCAAAGUCAAUGUGUAAGUAAAUAUAUCUAUCAAUAUCUCCUAGUUUUGGCUUUAUCUUAUCUAGCUUAUUUUAGCCCUUUUGUAUAUAGUAAUAAUUGUGGGAAAAAAUAUUAGCGUUGAGGUCAAACACUGAGCUAAUGUUAAUUAACCUUUGUAUUAUUGGGUAUGAACGGCACACAGGAAAGGGCUAGAGAAGGGACAUUUUAAGUUUAUUUAUAAAAGAGAAUCCUAGUUAAUGCUUGGAUGAGAAAAAAGGCUUUUAAUUGUCUUUCAUUUUUAUGUUAGGAAAUUGGAAAGGACGGUUUCACUUGGGAAACAUACAGAGAGAGGAAGAACAGUACCCUUCUUUUGUCACCUUCAAUCUUCUCAUUUUCUUGAAUAGAAUAGACGAGGAAGAGUAACCCAUCAAUCUUUUCCACUUUCUUCCACAAUAGGCAAGAAAGAAGGGGUGAUUACUCUUUCCCAUAACAUAGUUUGAAGGGGAAAGAAAUAGUCAUUGGCGGGAUUUUCUCUGCAAAUGAGGAGUUUAGCAACUUGUUACAGUGAACAUGCCAUUAAAAUAUCAGAUUCGUAUUGCUCCUCAGGCCCUUCAAACCAGGCCUAUCUUUCCCUUUACCAGACACCUUCAAUUCCCAAUGCAGUUAGUUGUUUGUAUAAAGUCAAACUUUUAUCUCAAAAAAGCCUCUUGAUCACCCUCACAUGGUGCAACAAGCUGCUAAGCCAAGGCCUCUCCAUCAAUAUUAGUGAUUCCAUUUCAUCCCCUUCAAAAAUCAAUGACAAUUUUCACCACCUGCAAAGAAGUAAAGGCUCCAAGACAUUCCAUUCUUGCAAUUCAAAGAUUGAAGUUUUCUGGGAUAUUUCUGCAGCUUAUUAUGACACAGGACCUGAGCCGAUCAGUGGGUUUUACGUGGUGGUUUUGGUUGAUUCAGAACUUUGUCUACUCCUUGGAGAUAGGGAUGAAGAAACACCCAGUCUACAAGCCCUCAAAACAAAAUCACCGCAAUCGAAAUCCUCAGUGGUGUCUCGAAGUGAGCAUUUCUCAGGCAAUUCAAUUUAUUCGACCAAGGCUCAGUUCUGCGAUUCUGGAAUAGCUCAUGAUAUAUUAAUCAAGUGCAGUGGAGAAGAAGAUGGAUUGAAGAAUCCUGUAUUGUCUGUGUGCAUUGAUAAUAAGAUGAUUUUUCAAGUGAAGAGAUUGAAGUGGAAUUUUAGAGGGAAUCAGAUCAUUUUCUUGGAUGGUUUAUUGGUGGAUGUGAUGUGGGAUUUGCAUGAUUGGUUCUUUAAGGAAACUUCUGGGUAUGCUGUUUUCAUGUUUAGGACAAGAAGUGGAUUGGAUAGUAGAUUGUGGCUGGAGGAGAAGAACUUGGGGCAGAAGGGACAAGACAGGGCAGAGUUCUCCUUGUUGAUCUGCGCAUGUAAGAAUCCUGAAUGAUUCCUUGAAUUUUUCUUUUUUCAAUUGCUUCUUUUGUAUAUAAAACAUCUUCAUGGCCUAGUCUUUCUGUAUUUGUGUGUCAAGGGAGGAGAAUGCCAAGGUUUGAACUUACUGUAUUUUUUUACAAAAGUUCAUGAUAUUCCCUGGAAGAUAAACAUUUCAGUAGAAAAAAAUCUCUAUAUAGGAUCAUGAAAUGCUUGUUUUUAAUUGUUGAUGCAAUAUGGUGAGAUUGGUGAUCUUUAAACAUGGUGGGUGUGUGAGGACAAUUUUCAUAUCAGACAAUAGCCACUAUAUUUUGUAGGAGUUGAUUGAAAUUUUUGAGUCCUUUGUAAGCAGCAGGCAGACAAAUGUCCCUCUUUUUGGGCGUAGAAAGGGGAAUGCAUCCUUGUAAUAAAAAUACCAAAUGCAUGUCCUAAUGAGCGGAAGCUUUUCUCCAAGCUUUGUUAAUUGAUUCCUCUUUUGGCUUUGCUUUUGCUGUUGAGGGACUGUAAUAGUAUAAUGUCUCUAAUAUUCAUUUAAUUGAUUUGGUUUAUACUGUUAUCAAAUCAA